UGGCACACGACCGACCGACCGAGCGUCGGCGAUGGUGACUGGUGUGGAAGCAUAGCGGCGGCGGCGACGGUCAGUCGGCGGCGCGCAAUGGUGCCGGUGGGCGACAAGAGCAGCACCGGGUCAUCGUCGGCGGCGUACAACGCGGCCGGCGCCGACAACCCCAAGGAGCGGCUGAAGGAGUGUUGCCGGAAGUUGGUGGCGUUCAUGUGCACGCAGGUGGGCGUCGGCGGCCUGGUGGUCGGCUACGCGGUGGUGGGCGCGUUCUGCUUCAUACAGAUCGAGGGCCAGGCGGGCGACGCUCAGCACCACGCCGUCCAGCAGCUCCGGCACAACUGUUCGGUGAACGUGUGGAACGCCACCAACACGUACAACGUGCUGUACCGGGACAACUGGACGCGGCAGGUGACGGACGCGCUCACGCACUUCCAGGUCAACUUGGCGCUCAUCGUCAAGAAGGGCUACGACGGCCGGACGACGGAGGAGACGUGGUCGUUCUCCGCCGCGCUCAUGUUCUCGCUGUCCAUAUUCACCAUGAACGGUUACGGUAACGUCGUACCCAAGACCGUGCUGGGCAAAGUCGCCACCGUCGUGUACGCCGUGUUCGGCAUACCCUUGUACGUGCUCUACUUCCGAAACAUGGGAAAGGUGUUGGCCCAGAGCUUCCGUUGGCUGUACACGUGGGUGUACCAGUGCAGCAUGGAGGACAAGGCUGGCGGUGACCCGUACAACCAACAGUUGCCCCAGAAGUCGAGGGUGAUCGUGCCGUCCAUGGCUUGCUUGUGGGUGCUGGCGGCGUACGUGGCCGCCGGCACGGUGACGUUCGUCACGCUCGAAGACUGGUCGUACCUGGACAGCACGUUUUUCUGCGUUACCAGCUUGUGCAAGAUCGGCAUCGAGAACUUCGUACCGGUGGGUAGCGCCACGGAUGCCGCGGCCGAUCAUCCGAUGAAGCUGGUCAUCAAGUUCGUGUACUUGCUGCUGGGCAUGGGCAUCAUAGCCAUGUGCUUUGACCUGAUGCGCGAAGACGUCCAGGUCCGGGCGAGGAACUUGAAAAUGGACAUCGGGUUGUGCUUCGAAGAUAUACGGCUGCGGGCCGUGGCCGUGUACAGACGUCGAAACUCGUUCGAUUGACGAUCACGCUCGUCACAUAAAACAUUUGAUCGUAUAUACGAUCUAUGCAUAAGACAUAAUACUAUUGUAAUAUUGUAAUGAUAAACGUUCGUUGUAUGUGUUUCGAACGUAUUAUGUACCUUUUUAUAAUUAUAUUUUAUGUACCUACGACGGUAAAAAUUGUUUUUGUUUCGUUUAUGUAACACACUAAAUUGUAUUUAUUUUUAAUAGAUUAUAAUAUAAUAAGUUGUUUCUCUCGCCAACAUACGUGUGUAUACGAAUUAAUAAUUAUUGUUAUGGUUAAGUCAAACAUCUGGCGCCACCCUCUGUUAUCUCUAUGCAUCGUGUUCGUCAUCACGGUGGCUGUAUCCGAUAUAUAAGUCUAUAUAGUUCUAGUCCAUCCUCCUUCUCCCCCCCUAAAGGUCUUAUCAACGUCGUGAGUUUGUUAUUAUUAUUUUUUAAAUCGACGGACGAGAAUUCUCCCGAAAAUGCUGCACUAUAUCGUGGUUAAGACUCUGCGCGUCCACGCUGAUUUGUUUGAUCGACGAUUUGGAUAUGUUUUUU